AUGUUGUUACCACGAGGGUUCAACCGUGCUGUCGUAACGGCUUUGGGUGUUGUUGGCACGGGCACUCUUGUUGCUGCUGGUCCCUGCGAUAUCUACUCCUCUGGUGGGACGCCCUGCGUCGCCGCCCACAGCACCACUCGUGCUCUGUACAGCGCCUAUACGGGCCCCCUCUACCAAGUGAAGCGCGGCUCCGAUGGUGCCACAACCAAUAUUGCACCGCUUUCUGCUGGUGGCGUCGCGAAUGCGGCUGCUCAGGACUCGUUCUGUGCCGGCACGACCUGCCUCAUUACAAUCAUUUACGACCAGUCCGGCCGCGGUAAUCAUCUCACCCAGGCUCCCCCCGGCGGUUUCAAAGGCCCGGAAGCCAACGGUUAUGACAACCUGGCCAGCGCCAUUGGCGCACCCGUCACGCUAAACGGCCAGAAGGCGUACGGCGUCUUCAUCUCUCCUGGCACUGGCUAUCGCAACAACGCGGCCAGUGGUACGGCCACAGGUGACGCGCCAGAGGGUAUGUACGCGGUCCUGGACGGCACCCAUUACAACGGUGGUUGCUGCUUCGACUAUGGAAAUGCCGAAACCAGCAGCACGGACACGGGCAACGGCCACAUGGAGGCCAUCUACUUCGGUGACAAUACCGUUUGGGGCUCAGGUUCUGGCAGUGGCCCUUGGAUCAUGGCGGAUCUCGAGAACGGCCUGUUCUCGGGCUCCAGCACUAAAAACAACGCUGGAGACCCGUCCGUCUCCUAUCGCUUCCUCACUGCCAUCGUCAAGGGCAAGCCAAACCAGUGGGCUAUCCGUGGUGCGAACGCGGCGUCUGGCUCACUAUCGACAUACUACAAUGGUGCGCGCCCAAACGCAUCUGGCUACAACCCCAUGAGCAAGGAGGGUGCCAUCAUCCUUGGUAUUGGUGGCGAUAAUAGUAUCGGCGCUCAGGGCACAUUCUAUGAGGGCGUGAUGACUUCCGGCUAUCCGUCGGAUGCAACCGAAAACUCGGUCCAGGCCAACAUUGUCGCUGCGAAAUACGCCGUUGCGCCGCUGACCAGCGGCCCGUCGCUGACUGUGGGCUCCUCGAUCUCGCUGCGAGCGACCACAUCCUGCUGCACCACGCGUUAUCUCGCUCACAACGGCUCGACGGUCAACACACAGGUUGUUUCGUCCUCUAGCAGCACCGCGCUCAAGCAACAGGCCAGCUGGACCGUUCGUGCCGGCCUCGCCAACAGCGCCUGCUUUUCGUUUGAAUCCAAAGACACCCCCGGCAGCUUUAUCCGGCACUAUGACUUCGUGCUGCAGCUGAGCGCCAACGACGGCACGAAACAAUUUUACGAAGACGCGACGUUUUGCCCGCAGUCCGGUCUCAAUGGCCAGGGGAGCUCCAUUCGAUCAUGGAACUAUCCGACCCGCUAUUUCCGCCAUUACAACAAUGUGCUUUAUGCGGCAAGCAAUGGUGGGGUUCACACAUUUGAUGCGACUGGGUCUUUUAACGAUGACGUGAGCUGGGUGGUUAGCACCAGUUUCGCUUGA